CACGCAUAACAUACAUAAACGCGAGAAAAAAGAAAAAAACUCUCCCGAAGGAAGAAAGAAAGAGAUUGAGAAAACCUAGAUGGAUCAAGAACAGAAAUUUCUUCAGUUUCGCAAUGCGAUAUGAUCGUGUUCCGCACUUGUGUUUAGUCUGAUUUCGUUAUUCUCCACUCCGCCUUCCCCGUCCUCUCGCCGUUGCCGGCGGCACCUCCCUCCUCACCGCCGCCGCGUAGUUCUUUGCAUCGCAACCCUAAUCAUUGUCCGUAGGUGAAAUCUGAGAUUGACGAGCGAUGGAGUUGGCACAACUAUAAGCGAUGUGUGAGAGGCUGUACAAUUCACAAGACUCGGUGGAACGCGCUCACGCGGAGAACACACUGAAAUGCUUCUCCAUGAACACUGAAUACAUUUCCCAAUGCCAAUACAUUCUUGAUCAUGCCUUGACCCCUUAUGCAUUGAUGCUAGCGAGUUCUAGUUUGUUGAAACAAGUCACCGAACAUAGCCUUGCCUUAAAGCUUCGCCUAGAUAUAUGGACCUAUCUCAUAAACUAUCUAGCGACCAGAGGACCCGGGUUACAGCCCUUUGUAACGGCUUCUUUGAUCCAACUUUUGUGUCGAGUCACAAAGUUUGGAUGGUUUGACGAUGAUCGAUUCCGGGACCUGGUCAAAGAAUCUAUGAACUUCUUGAGUCAGGUGAUGUAAAGCGGUUAUUAUAUUGGCUUUACAUUAGGAAAAAGUGAUUGUUUAAUUUGUAUGCAGUAAGGUAUCGAAGGAUUAUUUACUGGACUCAAAAAAAUAAAAGGAAUAAGUGCGUUUGUUUGCAUUACGUUACAGCCACAUCCUAUCAAGACUGUCGAAGAGAAAAAAAAAUAAUAGGAGUCAUACAUAUUUUGGUAAAAUAAUGUAUCCUCUUUAGCACCCGGCAGUGAAUUGUAAGCCCCAUCCUAAAGUUUACUCGAAGUAGUAACCCUGUAACCCACUACUGAUUUCUUCACCUUCUCAGAUGUGUAUUGAUUGCGAAAAUAACUGGUUAUUCUUUAUGUUAUAAUCUUUUA